AUGGCGCCAUCUGUAGUCGUAUUGCUCACGAGUGCUCGAAAUCGAAAAUUAGAAGGAAUACGAUUGGAAGUAAUUCGUGAAGCCAUUAAUCGAUGUUCUGGUCUUGAAAAUCAGCUGAAGAAAGCUUACAAGUCUCUGACGGUGACACCAAUUUUCGCAUCUGAUAUCAAACUUAUGGCACUAUUAACAACAUACCGAAAUUUCAAGAUUCGUUCAUUUUACGAGUUAGAGUAUUUGGUGCAUCCCUUAACUUUUCAUAAUGCUAUUGACCAGGUUUUUGAGAGGGAACGAUCGGCGAUAGUAGCUUUAGAGUUUGCUAUGGAAAUCCUUAUUGAAGCAAUCAAAAUAGUACGCAACGACUACGGGAACUCGUUGAAACUCGACGUUGCAGAAAUUGUAACUCCGUGGAAGAAGAAAGUUGAUGACGACACAAAUGUCUUUAAAACACAACUGUCCACCACGUCGACAGCGGAAAUGCAGUUGAACGAAGCCUACAUGACGUUCACAGAACUCUAUAACGUAGUGGACGAGACAGACUUUACCAGCAUCCCAGUUGGAAUCCGGUCUGAAGUGCAAAGAUUAAUGAAUUUUCAUAAAAAAGGAUACAAGGAUCUUUUUAAUAUUGUGCAGUUCGCACAGCACUGGGUUGCUAAUGUUUCGAGGACGUUAAAUAGCCUUACAAGAGACUGUGAGCUAAUUGAUAUUCGAAGUUAUCGGGAAAAGGAAUGUACUGUUCGGCACACUGUAGCUGUCAAAAUUCUAUCGGUGCUUGAAGAAUUUGCUCAAGACUUUGAUGUAUUAUGCGAUGUUCAUCUUAAAAAAUACUACUCAACAAGUCCACUUUCUCUGAUUCGUCUGGCCAAGAAAGAUCCACUGGAUGAGCUGCAAGUAGAAAUCAGAGGGAAUUAUACGGAAGUGACAAAAAAACUGAAAUAUCAAUAUGAUAAAACCAUGAAAGAGCACGAAGAUCAAAAGGCUAAAAAGCUUAACGAUGCAUCGUGCUACAGUCAGUUAAUCCACGAAAAGAAUAUUGAGAAAAUUUAGCAGGUUAAGUACAGCAGCGUGGCGCAGCGGAAGCGUGCUGGGCCCAUAACCCAGAGGUCGGUGGAUCGAAACCACUCGCUGCUAGUCGCUGUCAUCCGUUCAUGGGGGGCGGCACAUUUUGCGAGCCAAAAUAUCGAUGUUUUCAUACUUCAGUAA